AUUCUUAUCCAAUAUCUUACAAUUCUUACAAAGUUCUCUUCCCCAAUAACGCCGACAUGCUCGUCAACGUCUUCACUACCGCUACCAUCGCAGCCUGUACUCUUCUGGCUACUCCAACCCUCGCCAAUCCCAUCGAUACCCUACCCGCUGGUCUCGAAUCCCACCUUCAGACCCGAGCCAACGAUGUUACGGUUAAGUUCUGGGACAGCACUACAUGCAGAACUUCGCGAUCCAGGAAGAGUUUCAACAGUGGACAUUGCAUCAAGGCUCUGGCUGGAAAGGACCAUGCUGUGAGCAUGCAAGAAAGAAAGAGCACAAAGUGUCACAUGAUCAGAUAUCGGGAGAAGAACUGCGUAGGAUAUUCUGAGAAAGUUUUCAACCUCAAUGACUGCUUUAACAUUGGAGACGAGUGGGACUCUCUCAAGUUCCAGUGCUAGGCUCAACCGGGUCCAGUCAGUUCCUUUAGUUAGCCUGUUAUAGAUUUUCUAACAUGGAAGAUCUGAUAUUAUUGUCCUCGAAUAAAUGUCUUGUUGAUUGGGAAGAGGAGUGUAGCAUCGGUUGUGAGGCUGCAUCUACGUAUGUUCCUACGUAAGUACGUCAGUCCGGUCAAUCAAUGUUACACUUUGCAGCC